AUGCGAGUCACCUCAUACCUCACCCUCCCCGUCCUUCUCCUCGCCAGCUCAGCACUAGCCGAAUCAUCCCGGACAGCCAGUCAGAUAUCCCAAGAUGCAGGUAAACUCUUAGCUGCUGGGUCGUAUAUAGAAGCCGCAAGGGCAUAUGGUGAAGCGAUAGAACUCGAUCCGACAAGUUAUGUGAAUUACUAUAAACGAGCGACGGCAUAUCUAUCAGCUGGUAGACAUGGUGCUGCGUUGGAUGAUUUCGAUCAGAUAUUGAAGAUCAACCCUUCCUUUGCUCAGGCCCACUUACAAAAAGCCAAAAUUUUAGCUAAAGAAGGAGACUUCGAGAAGGCUCAAAGCGAGCUCAAGGCUUACGGGAAAAGUAAAUCGGAUAAUGAAUCAGAGGAAUUGAUCCACUCAGUUACACUCGCCGCUGGAGCUAGUAAAUCAGCACACAAAGCUAGGAAGAACAAAGAAUGGCAUGUAUGUGUGGAUCACGCUACAAAGGCUCUGGAAGUUGGACCGAAUUCGGCUGAACUGAGAGAGUUGAGGGUGGAAUGUGCGACUGAGUUGGGUGACGUGCAAGCUGUCUAUGGUGAUCUGAGUCGACUAGCAUCGUUGAAUCCCUCAUCCACACUAUACCCGGUGAAAUUGACCUAUAUAUCCUAUUUCUUACUCAAAUCCGAUUUGGCCAUAUCGCAUAUCAAGCAAUGUCUGCACUACGAUCCAGAUUCCAAAUCGUGCAAAAAACUUCAUCGACUGAUUAAGAAUUUCGAUAAAGAUCUAGCGAAGAUACGUAAUUUCGUGGAAGGGAAUGUAUUCAGAUCAGCCAUCAAGAUUUUCGAGGGUGAAUCAGGUUUAUUAGAAAGAUUUGAGACCGCUUUAGACAGCGCUAUGCAACCAAAUGAAGAAGGUGUGAUAUAUCUGGAUAAGAAGUUCAGACCUAAGGAAACUUCCGAGAUGAGAUUGGAGAUUUACGGAUUAGCAUGUAAGGCUUUUAUAGGUACGGGUGAUUUGUCGAAUAAGAAGAGAUAUAAAUGGUGUGAAAUAACGCUUGAAUUGGAUGAGAAUAAUGUUGAGGGAUUGAUAGCCAGAGGAGAGAAGUUGUUGAAAGAUGAGAAUUACGAGGAGGCCGUUAGGGUAUUGGAGAAGGCUUUUGAAAAUACGGGGAGAACACGGCAGGAUGUAUUGAAUAGGGUGCAGAAGGCUCAACGGUUGCUCAAACAAUCCAGACAGAAAGAUUAUUACAAGGUCCUCGGAGUACCCCGAGAUGCAGAUGAGCGAACGAUCAAAAAGGCAUUCCGUAAAGCAGCCAAGAUAGCUCAUCCUGAUGUCGGUGGAUCAGAAGAGAAGAUGGCAGCGUUGAAUGAGGCAUACGAGGUAUUGUCGGAUCCAGAGCUUAAAGCCAGGUAUGACAAUGGUGAUGAUCCGAAUGAUCCUCAUCAAGGGGCGGGCCAUAAUCCAUUUGCCCAUCAUGGUGGUGGUAUGCCAUUCCAGUUCUUCCAGCAGGGCGGUGGCUUCCCUGGAGGUCAGUUCCCCGGCGGUGGGGGUGGUCAGAAAUUCCACUUCCAAUGGGGUGGAUAG